CUGUAGACAAGUGCAGACACAGAAGAAACCUGCUUGGCACCCCGAGAAAGUGAGAGAAAGUGCGAGAAAAUGGCUGCGAGACUGAGCCACGUGGCUUCGAGGAUCAUGGGCGGCAACGGCGUCGUCGCCCGCUCCGUCUCUUCCUCUCUCCGCCUCCGUUCCGGCAUGGGCCUCCCCGUCGGCAAGCACAUCGUCCCCGACAAGCCUGUGCCUGUGAACGACGAGCUCAUGUGGGACAACGGGACCGCAUUCCCCGAGCCCUGCAUUGAUCGCAUCGCGGACACUGUCGGAAAGUAUGAAGCAUUGGCUUGGCUUUGUGGAGGUUUGAGUUUCUUCGCGUCUUUGGGGCUUUUGGCUGUGUGGAAUGAUAAGGCAUCGAAGAUACCAUUUGCACCGAAAGUAUAUCCGUAUGACAACUUACGGGUGGAGCUUGGUGGUGAACCAUAGGGAGGCUGCAGUUUGUUGAUCUUGAAGCUUCUGUUGUUUCAUGUGUGCUAUACUCUGCCUUUUCUGCGGUUGGUAACUUUCAAUAAUGAUCGAUCAACUGUUCUUUUUCUCUUUCCCAUGAAAGCAAUAUGUUGUUCCGCUGUUGCAUCAGUAGAGAGAUAUGCAGGACUCUGGUUACAUCCUAUGUCUUUUUCAUUCCAUCAAAGUCGAUUGUACGUAUGAGUCAUUUCGGUAGUA